UUUUAUACUUUUUUACAUUAAAGUCAAGUAGUUAUAUACAAGUACUUUAUUUGCUAAAAAAAACAAAUAUUUCUAAAAAUUUCAAAACUUUUGAUUGAUCGAAAUCAAAAAUGCCUAGGAAACAGUGCAAAAGAAGAUCUAAAUUUUCAAAAAGAAAAGUGCUUAGCGGUUACUACGGCAAUCAUUUUGGACAUCAAAUGCAUUCUGAUAAACUCCCGGAAAUGACGUUAAUACCCAUUAAUGCUAAUGAUUGUAGACCUGAACCUUUUAUAUAUAAUAUAAACUCAUUCCCAAAUGUUGAAUCACCCUUUGCAAAUUCAGUUUCAACAUACGGUGAUAUGACAAAUAAUUAUGCAGAAAAUUUGUUUUCCCCAAUGGAAAUACUAUAUCCAUUUAAUACAAUCACACAAAUAGCAUUGUCCGGAAAUGUAACUAUACCCAUAGAGAAUAACAAAGAACAACUUGAUGAAGUCGUCCCAAUGGAAAUAGAUGAAUUCUAUGAUUAUCCAAAUAUGAUGGAAGUGGAUAAGGAGUUUACUUUUAGUAAUGGUACUAACGUUUCACCAAUAUCCUCUAACGCUUCAUUUUAUUCUUAUGGCGAAACUCAGGCGUUCGCUCAAAAUAACUUCCAAAAGCGAUUAAAAAAGAAAAAAUCUCGGCAUAAUAUCCAGAAAUGUCCAUUCUGUAAAAAGAAAAGGAGAAUCUAAAUAAUGAGAAAUCUCAAAUUCGCAGUCAAAUUCGAUGUUCAUACUAAGAAUUUAGAAUCUAUAUAAAUUCUGAGCUGAAAUUUUAAAAAUAUUGAUGAGGGAAACUAGAAAUUCUAAAUCGUUUUAUGAAAAUUUAUAUACAAUAACUAUUCCAAUCAUGCACGCAAAAAACUUGGGACCUACCUCGCUAUCAAAAUCUUCAGAAACUGGAAAAUUAUUCGUAGAUAUCAGAAGUACAAAUUGAAUAGAAUGUAUAAUGCUUUUAUAAACUACAUAAAUUAAAUAAACUAAUUUAAGUCAAA